AUGAAUAUCAUAGUUACUACUCCAAAACCAUUUGUAUUUAAAACAAUAGAUUGUAACACAGAGCGUCAUACAGGGGAAUAUAUUGCUACUGAACUGGGUAAAGUGAUUGAUGAUUUGGAUAGAAAUAAAUGUYUUGGAGUUGUUACAGAUAAUGCAUCAUCCAUGAAAAAAGCAUGGAUACUUUUACAAAAAGAUGACCGUUWCAAAAAUUUACCAAUUGCAUUUUAUUCAUGUAUUUGCCACACUUUAAAUCUUUUGAUAGCUGAUAUAAUUAAAUUAAAAUCAUGUAUGGAAAUUGAAAAAAAAUCWAAAAACAUAGUCAAAAAUAUAAUUAGCAGUCAUAUUCUUAAAGCCAACUUUACGAACAUUCAAAAAACAAAAAAAAUUGACUGUUCCUUAAAACUACCAGUUACAACAAGAUGGGGUUCACUUUGUAUAUGCUUAAAGAGUCUUCRUAAAAAUAAAAAUGUACUACAACAGCUAGCUGUCUCUGAAGAUUUAAGUGUAAUUGAAAGACUUGACAAAAGUGUAAAACAAAGCAUUUUAUCAGAUGAAUUCUGGGAGCUUGUUGAAAGUAUUAUUACUCUAAUUAGUCCAAUCACUCUUUGGAUAACAAAAUUAGAGUMUGAUAUACCAAGGUUGUCUGAUGUUCCGGCUGCUUUGAAUGAUAUAAAAAACAAUGUUAUGUUGCAAAUGUCUACUUCUCCUUUACUCUUAGAAGAACAAAAUAUUUUAAAUGAAGCAUUUGAUAAACGUUAUGAUAUGGCUAUUCAUCCGAUUCAUUAUGCAGCAAACGUCUUAGACCCAAAAUAUCAAGGGAAAGAUUUACCUCAAGGAUGUGAUGUAGAGGGAAUUGUUUAUAUACAAAAAGUUGCUGAUAAAUUAUUAACACCAAAUGAAUAUAACAAGAUAAUAAUUGAACUAGCCGAGUAUCGUUCACACGAAGGAUUAUGGGCCAAAGAUAUUCUAUGGAACAAUAUUGAUGAUAUUGAAGCACGUAUCUGGUGGAAUGGCCUUUGUUCAAACACAAGUCUAUCAAAAGUAGCAUCUGCUAUUCUUUYCUUGCCUGCAUCCUCAGCAGCUACAGAGCGUUCUUUUAGCUCUUAUUCACUYAUCCAUACUAAAAGGAGAAAUCGCCUCACAAAUUUAACAGCCAAAAAGUUACUAUUUAUUUAUGAACAUAUAAAUAAUCGAGACCUGGAAGUGUCAAAACCGGUAAAAAGUGUACAAACAAACCAAGAAUCUUUAACCGUUAACAAUGACGAUGAUGAGCCUUCCUGUAGUUAUCAGGCUUGUAGUUCUACUAGUUCUAGUAGUGAGAACSAGGAAGAAUAUUACAAUACUGAUGACAUAGUAGUAGAGUCUGAAGGAGAUCAGUUUGGUGAAACUGAUUCAAGUGAUGAUGAUUUUUUUAACUCCAUUAAACCUAAUCUUGAUUAA